AUGCCUAGCCUUGACCACCAACACUCGCAAGAGAAUCCUCAAAGGGAAAAGUCCGGCGAUAUGUCUCUGGUCGAACGCCUUGUUGGCUGGUUCAAGACAAAUGGAGGCGAGCUGAGUCCUGAUGUCGACAUCGCCUUCGACGCCUCGAGCGGCUAUCACUGCCGUGCAGUCAGAAACUUGACCUCACCGGUGGUCGCCAAGUGUCCGCUCAGCCUGACGGUCUCGCACCUCAAUCUCGACCAUACACAGUCAUUGGUGCCUCAUGUCGAGAGCCCACUGGCAAAGUGUAUGGGUCGUAUACCGAACAACGUAUUGGUGUAUCUCUUACUGGUCGAGCAGCGUCUGCAUACCGAUCCAAGUUGCCUAAAAUGGCAGCCGUAUAUUGACUGCCUACCAGAGCCAAGUCUCAUGAUGACCCCGCUCUGGUUUGACAAGGAAGACAUGCAGUGCCUUGCGGGCACCAAUCUCGCGCGAGAGACCAGCGUGAAGCUUGACAAGCUCAGCGAAGAGUGGAACCAAGCCAAAGAGGUCAUGGAAAGCCUGGACAUUGAUAUAACCAUCUUUAGCUUUGAAUGGUUCCGCUGGGCGGCGACGAUCAUCUCCUCGCGAGCCUUCAUCUCCACACACAUAAUACCAGGCCAGGAAACAUUUCCGAUUCUUUUCCCUGUAGUAGACAUCCUCAAUCACUCCCCGACCGCCAAGGUUGAAUGGGACUUCCAUCCAUUCGAAGACUUCACAUUGAAGAUACUGAGCCACGAUGAGGUACGACCUGGCGACGAGGUCUACAAUAACUAUGCCCCUAAGCAGAACGACGAGCUGCUUCUUGGUUAUGGUUUCUGCAUCCCGGACAACCCCGUGGAACAGUUCGCCAUCAAGAUGCGCCUGCCCCCGCAAAUUGAACAGGCUGCGCGAAGCAUGAAGAUGUUCGAACCAAGCAACAUCCCCUUUGGGAUGGACACGUCGUUUGUCACUGCGGAACUAAACGAGGAGCCGGAGUACCUGCGUCCGAAAGGCCAUCCAUUCGGGCGGUAUGAGAACCGCCUGCCAUUCUUUCGUGCCAUCCCACCUCGGAUUGUGCACACGUUCUUCAUCCAGGCCUUGACGAACCUCAAUUUAAAUCCCGCAGACAAUCAACCCGAUUCUAUACCACCCAGAGUCAUCUUCGAAACUCUACUCCUGACAUACGAAGCAAUCGACAAACGGAGCCAGACCCUGCGCCUCUCACUCAACCGCUCCUCUCCCUUCUCCAACAACAAGCAAAAAUACGCAAUCAUCUACCGCGACGGCCAAGCCAAAAUCCUCCACGCCAUCCGCGACGAACUCAAAGCCGUGUUCAACACCCUCAGGAUCCAUGACGGCGUGCCCCAACGACCCGUCAUCAUCUCAACUACCGAAGCACUAGCCCGCUUAACCGCCGAAUUUCCCUCCUAUGCAGCACAUUUCAAAGCCGGCCUUGAGGGACAGUACGGCGUCGAUGUUUCCAACUGGUCACGAUAUAGCGCAGAUAUAGCUGUCCUGGAAGCCGGAGAGCAACCUGCCGAGCUGUCGGUCUGGAACCUGCUCCUUUGCUUGUUUCUUGUGCUUUAUCAGAAGGAUAACUCUGGGACUACGCGCGAAUACGAUGGCUUCCGCCAGGCAAUUUUUGGUUGGGUAGAAUACCUCCUUUCGCAGACACCACUGCCUACCAACGUUACAGACAUGGAUGCAGAAGCUUUGCAAGAUUUUGUAUUGGGACUGACAGGGUCCGAGGCGGAAGCGGAGAGGGCGUACACGUGGGCUGAUGAGGUUGUGGAUAAAUUUGCGUUUCCUUUGGUGGAGGAGGUGCAGGGCGAGGAAGUGCAGAGGAUCUAUAUGUAUUUGCAGAUUGGGUCUGACGAUGGAGGUGUCAAUGGCUGGAUGUAUCAAGAUCACGAAGCGUGA